GAAAAUAUAAAUACGCGAGGAAAGCGACCAAAAAGCCUACUGACAUCAUGCAGGAUCAAUGACAUCAGCUUUCACUGACACUUCUUCACCUCAUCUACACACACGGGCUGCGCGCCGCUUUGUUUAAACUGGAGCGAGUGGUUUUCAAGAAUCGGUUCCUUCGAACGGUUCAUUUCAAUGAGGCGGUCCCAAAAUUAAUCAACGUUUUCACGUCACACGGUCAGGCGUCAACAUCCACACGCCAGACUAGUCUACUUUCGAUUAAAUAAUUCUAAAUUACAGCUUUGAGGAUCAUGUUGAACAGACCGAACAACACAAGACGGAUCUAAGAAUCGAUAAGCGAGUCGGUUCAAAAGAAUCGACUCACAAGAAGUGAAAGGAGCGAUCUGAGGAGGAGAGGCGCAUCUGGAGACAAUAGAAGGCAAUGCAGAGCUGUGCUUUGUCGCGCUGACUGAGGGCUGUGCCGUCAAAAACAGACACACUGAGAUGAUGGAGCGCUGAAUUUGGAUAUAUUUCUUGUUAUUUUGAGCUGUGAGAUACAAGAGGAAAACAUGAAUUCUGCUGAAGCGCCGGAGGACGGACCCAAUGAUUCGGACACGGAUGCAUUCUUCAAAACAGGGUCUUUCAGAAGUGAAGGAAUUAAAGCCUCUGAUGUCCUUCCUGUGCUGAGAGAAAAAAUAGCAUUUGUGUCAGGCGGUCGUGAUAAGCGAGGUGGCCCUAUACUGACCUUUCCUGCAAGGAGUAACCAUGACCGAAUAAAACAAGAGGACCUGAGACGGCUCGUAACAUACCUGUCCACUGUGCCCAGUGAGGACGUUUGUAAGAGAGGCUUCACUGUGAUUAUUGAUAUGCGUGGCUCUAAAUGGGAGCUAAUAAAGCCACUGCUGAAGACGCUACAGGAAGCAUUUCCAGCUGAGAUCUGCGUCGCUCUCAUCAUCAAACCAGACAACUUCUGGCAGAAGCAGAAGACUAACUUUGGUAGCGCCAAGUUCACCUUUGAGACUAGCAUGGUAUCAGUGGAGGGCUUGACCAAACUAGUGGACCCAUCCCAGCUAACGGACGACUUUGAAGGUUCUCUGGAAUACAAUCAUGAGGAAUGGCUUGAGCUCCGGGUGGCUCUGGAGGAGUUCCUGGCCAGCGCCGUUCACCUCCUCUCUCGCCUGGAAGAUCUACAGGAGACUCUGGCUAAGAAGGAGUUCCCGGUGGAUGUGGAAGCCUCUCGUAGACUCAUCGAUGAGCACACACAGCUGAAGAAGAAGGUGAUGAAGGCUCCGGUGGAAGAGCUGGACCACGAAGGCCAGAGACUCUUGCAGUGCAUCCGCUCCAGCGACGGCUUCUCAGGGAGGAACUGCAUUUCUGGAAGUGCCGACUUCCAGAGCGUGGUUCCGAAGAUCGCCAGUCUGCUGGAUAAACUCCACAGCACUCGACAGCACUUGCACCAGAUGUGGCACCUACGAAAACUCAAGCUGGAUCAGUGCUUUCAGCUCCGACUGUUUGAACAGGACGCAGAGAAGAUGUUUGACUGGAUCAGUCACAAUAAGGAAUUGUUUCUUCAGAGCCACACGGAGAUCGGUGUGAGCUACCAGCAUGCUGUGGAGCUACAGACGCAACACAACCACUUUGCCAUGAACUCAAUGAAUGCCUAUGUGAACAUAAACCGCAUCAUGUCGGUGGCGUCGCGGCUGUCGGAGGCGGGCCACUACGCCGCUCAGCAGAUCAAACAGAUCAGCACUCAGCUGGAUCAGGAGUGGAAGAGCUUCGCGGCUGCUCUCGAUGAACGCAGCACCAUCCUUGCCAUGUCUGCCGUCUUCCAUCAGAAAUCUGAACAGUUUUUGUCCGGUGUGGAAACAUGGUGUAAGAUGUGCAGUGAAGGCGGCUUGCCAUCAGAGAUGCAGGAUCUGGAAUCGGCCAUUCAUCACCAUCAGACGCUCUAUGAACAAGUCACACAAGCAUACACCGAGGUGAGUCAGGACGGUAAGGCUUUGCUGGACGUUCUUCAGCGGCCGUUGAGUCCUGGGAACGCAGAGUCACUGACUGCGACAGCGAACUACUCUAAAGCCGUGCACUGUAUACUGGACGUGGUCCACGAGGUCCUGCAUCAUCAGAGACGUCUGGAGAACAUCUGGCAGCACCGUAAAGUCCGUCUGCAUCAGAGACUGCAGCUCUGUGUCUUCCAGCAGGACGUCCAACAGGUGAUUGACUGGAUAGAGAAUCACGGGGAGGCUUUCCUCAGCAAACACACUGGUGUGGGCAAAUCCCUGCACAGAGCCAGAGCCCUCCAGAAACGCCAUGAUGACUUUGAGGAGGUGGCACAGAAUACAUACACUAAUGCAGAUAAGCUGCUGGAAGCUGCUGAGCAGUUGGCUCAGACGGGCGAGUGUGACCCUGAGGAGAUCUACAAGGCAGCGCGACACCUGGAAGUCAGGAUCCAGGACUUUGUUAGGCGAGUGGAGCAAAGAAAACUACUGCUGGACAUGUCUGUCUCUUUCCACACGCACACUAAAGAGUUGUGGACGUGGAUGGAGGACCUGCAGAAAGAGCUGCUGGAGGAAGUUUGUUCUGACUCAGUCGAUUCAGUUCAGGAGCUGAUAAAACAGUUUCAGCAGCAGCAGACGGCCACGCUGGAGGCAACACUCAAUGUCAUUAAAGAGGGAGAAGAUCUUAUGCAACAACUCCGAGAUUCAGCAAUGAGCAGUAAUAAGAUGCCCCACACCAGCUCCAUCGCUCACAUUGAGGGCGUCCUGCAGCAGCUAGAGGAGGCGCAGGGCCACAUGGAGGAACUCUUCCAUGAGAGAAAGAUCAAACUCGACAUCUUCCUGCAACUGCGCAUCUUUGAGCAGUACACCAUUGAGGUAACGGCAGAGUUAGACGCGUGGAAUGAAGACUUGGUUCGUCAGAUGAAUGAGUAUACUGGAGAAGAACCCAGUCUGGCUGAGCAGAGACUCCAGCGGCACGCAGAGAGGAAACUGGCCAUGACUAACAUGACCUACGAAGUUAUGCAGCAGGGUCAGGACCUGCAUCAGUACAUCAUGGAAGUCCAAGCUUCAGGUAUUGAGUUGACCGGAGAGAAGGAGGUGGAUCUGGCAACACAAGUUCAGGAGCUGCUGGAGUUCCUUCAUGAGAAACAGCACGAGUUGGACAUGAGCGCCGAACACACACAGAAGCGCCUGGAGCAGUGUGUGCAGCUCCGCCACCUGCAGGCUGAGGUUAAACAGGUUCUGGGGUGGAUUCGUAAUGGUGAAUCUAUGUUGGAUGCCAGUAUGGUGAAUGCAAGUUCACUGUCAGAGGCCGAACAACUACAGAGAGAACAUGAACAGUUCCAGCUGGCCAUAGAGUCUUUGUUCCACGCUAACUCUCUCCAGAAAACCCAUCAGAGUGCACUACAGGUCCAGCAGAAGGCAGAAAUCAUGUUACAGGCUGGACACUUUGACCCCGAGGCCAUCCGCAGCUGUGCAGAGAAGGUGGCCGUGCACUGGCAGCAGCUCAUGCUCAAGAUGGAGGACAGACUCAAACUGGUUAAUGCCUCGGUGGCCUUCUACAAGACGUCAGAACAGGUGUGUAGUGUCCUGGAGAGUCUGGAGCAGGAGUACCGCAGAGAUGAAGACUGGUGUGGAGCUCAUGAUAAACUAGGAUCUUCAUCAGAGACUGAUCACGUUCUGCCUCUCAUCAGCAAACACCUGGAGCAGAAAGAAGCUUUUCUCAAGGCAUGCACUCUGGCCAGGCGCAAUGCUGAGGUUUUUCUGAAAUACAUCCACCGGAACAAUGUCAGCUCUCAGGGAUCAUCUAGCAACACUCGUGGCCCUGAGCAACAGGUCAAAGCCAUCCUGAAUGAACUGCUGCAGAGGGAAAACAGAGUUUUGCAUUUCUGGACCAUGAAGAAGCGGCGUUUGGAUCAGUGUCAGCAGUAUGUGGUGUUUGAACGCAAUGCCAAACAGGCAUUAGAGUGGAUUGAGGAGGCAGGAGAGGUCUAUCUGGCCACUCACACCUGCAUCGGAGACUCUAUGGAGAAAACUCAGGGACUCCUCAAAGAAUACGAAGAAUUCUGCAUCUCCGCAAAGCAAACUAAGGAGAAAGUGAAGAUGCUGAUCCAGCUGGCGGAUAACUUUGUUGAGAAAGGACACAUGCAUGUCACCGACUUGAAGAAGUGUCUGACGGCAGUGGACAAGCGCUACAGGGACUUCUCCAUGCGCAUGGGCAAAUACCGCUGUGACCUGGAAAAUGUGCUGGGCAUCAGCUCUGAGGAUAAUAAGGAUCUGGAGCUGGAUAUCAUCCCAGCCAGUCUGACUGGCCCAGAGGUUAAACUCCGUGACCCCAACCACGAGGUGAAUGAAGAAAAGAGGAAAUCAGCCCGGAAGAAAGAGUUUAUUAUAGCAGAGCUGUUGCAGACAGAAAAGGCUUAUGUGAGGGACUUACAUGAAUGCUUAGAGACAUAUUUGUGGGAGAUGACCAAUGGUGUGGAGGAAAUUCCUCCAGGAAUCGCCAACAAAGAGCACAUCAUCUUUGGCAACAUUCAGGAGAUUUACGACUUCCACAAUAAUAUAUUCCUGAAGGAGCUGAUCAAUUAUGAGCAACUGCCUGAGGAUGUGGGACAUUGCUUUGUGACAUGGGCCGAUAAGUUUAACAUUUAUGUGACAUACUGCAAAAACAAACCAGAUUCCAGUCAGCUCAUCCUAGACCAUGCUGGGAGUUUUUUUGAUGAGAUUCAGAAGAGACACAGUCUGACCAACUCUAUAUCAUCAUACCUCAUCAAACCUGUACAGAGGAUCACCAAAUAUCAGCUGCUGCUCAAGGAGCUGCUGUCCUGCUGUGAAGAAGGCAAAGGUGAAAUUAAAGAUGGCCUGGAGGUCAUGCUGAGUGUGCCAAAGAGAGCCAAUGACGCCAUGCACGUCAGCAUGCUGGAGGGUUUUGAUGCAAAUUUGGAUGUUCAGGGUGAACUCAUCCUCCAAGACACCUUCCAGGUGUGGGACCCCAAAUCACUAAUCCGGAAGGGGCGAGACCGCCACCUCUUUCUCUUCGAGAUCUCCCUGGUCUUCAGUAAAGAGAUCAAAGACUCAGCAGGGCGAUCCAAAUACAUCUUUAAAAACAAACUACUGACUUCUGAAUUGGGGGUGACAGAGCAUGUAGAGGGGGACCCGUGCAAAUUUGCUCUGUGGGUGGGACGCACACCAUCGUCUGACAACAAGACUGUCCUCAAGGCAUCUAGUAUUGAGGUGAAGCAAGAAUGGAUUAAAAACAUCCGAGAGGUCAUUCAGGAGAGAAUAAUUCACCUGAAGGGGGCGCUAAAGGAACCUAUCCACAUUCCCAAAACUCCAGCCAAACCUCGCAAUAACAGCAAGAGGGACGCUGGUGAGGAUGCUGACAGCCAGGGAGACGGCAGCAGUCAGCCGGACACCAUCUCCAUAGCAUCCAGAACCUCUCAGAACACUGUAGACAGUGACAAGCUCUCUGGAGGGUGUGAGCUGACGGUGGUCCUGCAGGACUUUACAGCAAGCAGCUCAUCAGAGCUCAGCAUCCAGACGGGUCAGACAGUGGAGCUGCUGGAGCGGCCCAGUGACCGUCCAGGAUGGUGUCUGGUACGGACCACCGAAAAGACGCCUCCUCAAGAGGGACUGGUGCCCAGCAGUGCUCUGUGUAUCUCGCACUCACGCAGCAGUGUGGAGAUGGACUGCUUUUUCCCAGCAGGCAAAGAAAACUAUACAGUUAGUGGCCCAGAAGGAAAGACAGAGUCAGUGGCCACACUGCAGCCACAGCCAUCCCUGAACUCUCUGCAGAGUAGCUCUCCUGGACCCAAGCGCUCUGGGAAUACACUGAAGAAAUGGCUGACCAGUCCUGUCCGACGUCUAAGUCAUGGCAGUAACAUCAAGAAGAUCCCAAGUAAACAGAAACAGAAACGUGAUGGUCGCAAGAGUAUUGAUAUGGGGCCGCCCGAACUACAGGAUGACACCUUGGAAGAGCGAGUGCAAAAAGAAGAGGGCACACUCUCCAAGUCUUCGUCUGGGAUGCACAGUGGAGGAGAGGAAGAGCCUGAGGACGAGUCUCACACUCCUCUACCUCCACCAAUGGAGAUCAUUAAAGACCCGUCGGCUCAGGAAGAGAAGUCGUCUGUGCUUCUGGCUUCCCGGCAGAGCUCGGCUGAUGUCCCCAGUGCUGCUGAGCUUGUCAGUGCUAUAGAAAAACUGGUCAAAACUAAAAUGACACUGGAGCCAGGCUCAUACCCGGGAUUCAGCUCAGUCAAUCCAGCAGAGCAGAGCCCGAUUCCACCCAGAAACCCAGAACUAGAGCAGAAAGCCAAAGCGCUACGAGGACGAAUGUUUGUAGUCAAGGAAUUAAUCCAAACGGAAAAAGACUAUGUUAAAGAUCUGGGAAUUGUGGUUGAGGGGUUUAUGAAGAGAAUCGAGGAGAAAGGAGUUCCUGAUAACAUGAAAGGAAAAGAUAAGAUCGUCUUCGGAAACAUUCACCAAAUCUAUGACUGGCACAAAGAUUUUUUUGUUGGAGAACUGGAGAAAUGCCUGGAAGAUCACGAAAAACUGCCUGAACUGUUCUGUAAACAUGAGAGACGGUUACACAUGUAUGUAGUUUACUGUCAGAACAAACCCAAAUCCGAGUUCAUCGUUGCAGAAUAUGAUUCAUACUUUGAGGGGAUUCAGCAAGACAUUAACUCCAGACUGAGCAUCAGCGAUUUUCUCAUUAAACCCAUUCAGAGAAUUACUAAAUACCAGCUUUUAUUAAAGGAUGUUUUGAAGUACAGUACAAAAGCAGGACUGGAUUGUCAGGAUAUAGAGAAUGCAGUUGACCUGAUGUCCCAGGUUCCCAAGCUUUGCAAUGACAUGAUGAAUCUGGGAAGACUGCAGGGAUAUGAGGGGAAGUUGACGAGUCAAGGAAAACUCUUGCAGCAGGAGACGUUCUUUGUGACCGAGCAGGACUCUGGCGUUCUGUCCCGCAGUAAAGAGCGCAGGGUUUUCCUGUUCGAACAAAUUGUCAUCUUCAGCGAGCUGUUACGUAAAGGCUCUUCCACUCCAGGGUACCAGUUCAAGAAGAGCAUAAAGGUGAGCUUCCUUGACUUGGAAGAGCAUGUUGAAAAUGAUCCAUGCAAGUUUGUGCUGUCGUGUCGUGGGUCGGCAGAACGUUUUACCCUUCAAGCAGCAAACACGGACAUUAAACAAGUCUGGGUUCAGCAUAUCACCCAACUACUAGAUUUACAAAGCAACUUCUUGUCAGCUCUGCAGUCUCCUAUUGAGUAUCAGAAGGAGCGUAGUGGCUCUCAAUCUCUGACCCGGAACUCUUCUGGGCGGAUGGGUCAGUCCAACAGCAGGCCCUGCUCCACGGUUUCACUCGGAGCAGAGAAACCCUCUCUGUCUGGACGGAGCUCCACCCCGCUAAAGCUAUCUACCUCCAAUGGUGGUCCAUGCUCUGAAAGAUACCGCAGGCAGUUUGAAGGCUUGGGCUGCAACGGUACAUCGUCCUCCUUGAUGGUGACUCAAGAUUAUACUGCACUGAAAGAGAAUGAGAUCUGUGUCACACAGGGUGAGGCCGUGCAGGUACUGGCCACUAACCAGCAGAACAUGUACCUUGUGUACCGACCCGCAAAUAGCCAAUCACCACCUGCAGAGGGCUGGGUGCCGGGACACAUCCUAGGCCCCGUCACAAAACCUCUCAUAGACACUACUGCAGACGCAAGCAUCAAGAAAUCUCUUUCGUGGAACACACUUCGUGCUCGUAAGCGUGCAGAAAAGGACAGCACGCCCCUCAAAAGUGACUUUAAAGUUGAGAAUGGACUGCGUAAGCCAAAGGAAAUUCUCAGCAGCAAAGUCAAAGUGAAAGAGUCCCGCAGUUCUGAUGAGUCUGAAUGUGAGGAUGAACUAGACCCCAAAACUAGUAUGGAGUUACUGAACCCUAAUUUCAUCCAAGAGGUCGCUCCAGAGUUUCUGACGCCUCUAACAGACGUGACGUGUGCUCUGGGAGAGACGGUGGUUCUGUGCUGUAAAGUGUGUGCUCGACCCAAACCCACAAUCACCUUGAAAGGACCUGAUCAAAGUCUGCUGGCCAACAAUAACCGCUUCACUAUUAAUAUCAGAGAAACCGGUGAUAUAGUGUUGAAAAUCUGCAAUCUAAUGCCGCAGGACACUGGCAUCUACACGUGUGUUGCUGUGAAUGACCAUGGUACAGCCUCCUCAUCUGCAUCCAUUAAAGUACAAGGUAUCCCAGCAGCCCCUGCUCGACCGGUGGCACAGGAGGCAAGCAGCACUGCAGUGAUUGUCCACUGGCUUCCUCCAGCCAGCUCAGCAAAUUCUGCCAUCUCCAGCUACACUGUGGAAUAUAGGCAGGAAGAUUCUCUGGUAUGGCAGCAGUUGGUGGUCUCCACGGCAGAUGUGUUUGUGAAGAUUGACAAUCUGAUUCCUGGUGGGCACUACCAGUUCAGAGUCAGUGCCAGUAAUCCCUGGGGCACCAGCCCGCCUAGUGAACCCUCAAACAUGGUGACAUUAUCCAGCACAGCAUCAACAUAUGAUGGCGCUGGAAUCCAGUGGAAAGACAACUUUGAAUCUGCUUUUACAGAAUUAUGUGAAAUUGGGCGGGGUCGUUUCUCUGUGGUGAGGAAGUGUCUCAGUAAAGCCACUAAGCAGGAGGUUGCUGUGAAGUUUGUGAAUAAGAAGAUGCACAAGAAAGAACAGGUGGCCCAUGAAGCUGAUAUUCUACGCCAUGUCCAGCACCCCCAACUGGUGUCACUGAUUGAUACAUACGAGUCGCCUACAGCCUACAUGCUGAUUCUUGAACUUGUUGAGGAUGGACGUCUUCUUGACUAUCUGGUAGCUCAUGAUGAGCUGAUGGAGGAGAAAGUGGCAUUCUUUAUUAAAGAUACACUGGAAGCUCUGCAGCACUUGCACACCUGCAGAGUGGCUCAUCUAGACCUCAAGCCUGAAAACUUGUUGGUGGACCUCCACGUUCCGGUACCCUGCGUGAAGCUCUCAGAUCUAGGUGAUGCUGUACAGGUUUCAAGUCACCGCUACGUACAUCUCCUCCUGGGUAACCCCGAGUUCGCUGCUCCAGAGCUCAUCCAGGGCACUCCAGUGUCCCUCUCUACAGAUGUGUGGAGUGUAGGGGUGCUGGCCUACGUCAUGCUUAGUGGAGUCUCCCCAUUCCUGGAUGAGAGUCUGGAGGAGACCUGCGUCAACAUCUGCAGGCUGGACUUCUGCUUUCCUCAAGAGUACUUCUCCGAUAUAAGCCAGGCAGCCAAAGACUUCAUUGUGUCCACGCUUAACCAGGAUCCCAGGAAGAGGCCAAGCUCGGCCUCGUGUCUUCAGCACCCAUGGGUCAGUGCUCAUAGUGGAGAUUACUCCAAAACACCUCUGGAUACUGUCAGACUCGCUGCAUUUAUAGACAGACGCAAACAGCUACAUGAUGUCAGGCCUGUCACAAACAUUAAAGGAAUGGUCAGCAGCAGUAUGGGACACACCUUAUGAGAAAAAUUCAUGGACUCUAGCAUGUUCUAUGCUGUAUUUCAACGUUAUAUGUAAUUUACAUUAUAUCAUAUCAUUUGGAAUGUGCACUUACUGUUUACGGUGUUCCUGUACAUGUGAAUUUACUGGCCGGCACCAUAAUGAUUUGUUGGACUUUGAGUUCAACACCAUUGGUGAAAUCAUUAGCAAUUAAUAGACUUCAGAAAGUACAUGUGCCCGGGAACAGUGGAAACUGAAGAGCUAGGAGAAAUAACAAUGAAUGUCAUAUUAAAGCUUAGGCAUGUGUUUUGAAAUGUUAGCAGCCCUAAAUAGACUAGCAGUUGGUUGUGUUUAGGACUCGCGAGAAAAGUUCAACCAAAAAUAGCAAUUUGUCAUUACUUUCUUGUCACUCCAAACCCACAAGAUGUUCGAAAAUAAAUAGAGGUGUUUUAUACAGUGAAAGAAAAGAAAGAACGAAAUGUAUUUGCGUUUACAUUUAUUUUAAUAUAGCACAUAAGGUCUGAUUUCCUG